AUGAAUAAUAAAAAACACAUUAAGAUUUAGGAAAUCACUUCGACAAGAGUUAAAACUAGUUAGCCCUCAUAAAAUAGAUAUAUUGAAACUUAAAACUAUAAUAUUCCAUCCUAACCUAUGAAAGAGAAUAAAACAAUUAAAUUUUUAGAUUCAUCUGGAUAACAAGGUUAGCCUGAAUUAAAUUUCAAAACUAUGAUGUAAGAAAAAUUAAGUAAAUAUCGAGAAAACAUAAAGAAAUUUGAGAUUACGUAUGACAUUAAACGCUAUGAUUACAAAUAGAAUUAGAUAGAGCAAGAUAAUCAUCAAUUUCCAUAAUUAGUUACUCUAUCAUUGAAUAAUUUUCUCCAACAAUGCGAUGGGUUAAUAUAAUAAAAUUACGAUGAAAUACUAGAAUCUAAUAAACUUAUUAUGAAACUAAGUUUUGAUAAAAUUGAGAUUUAUGAUAAGAAUGGAAACUUAAAGGAAACCAAAAAAUCUUUCCCUUUUUCAAGUAAGAAUCAACCCAAAGACCUUAAGUACAAUGCUAUUUUUGGAUAAAAGGAUUAUCUGCUUUUAAAAUCAACAGGAUUGUGGGUUACUAGCAAUAUUGUAGAUUCCUAUGCCAACUAUUUAAGGCUUGUUGAUGAGGAUGAAUAUUUUAGUUUGACAGUGGAAAAUCGUAAGAAAUAUAAGAGAACAUACAUUUUUUGCUCUGAUUACAUAACAAAUUGUUCAAUAAACACUGAAUUUAAUAAAGAGAAAUGUUUAACUUUAUUUUAUGAAUAACUUAGUAAUUUUGAGUCAAUUUAGUAUUAAUUUUGGCAGAUUUAUCAGAAUAUAAUUUUUGUGGUUAACCUAAAUUUUCAUUGGUUUUGUGUUAAAUUGGAUUUGGAAAAUUUUGUAAUGGAAAUUUAUGAUUCUCUUUAUUCGAAUACAACAAAAUAUGAAAGACUCUAAUUCUUAUUUUAAACAAUAUUUAGUGAGGUGAUGUUUAAAAAACCUAAAUUUAAGAUCAAAAUAGUGAUGGAAUUUCCUAAGCAAAGCGAUUCUUAUUCAUGUGGUUAUUUCUCUUGUAUAGCCCUUAACUAUUUAAAUCGCAAGUAAUUUAAUUUGGACCAGUAUGUGGAAGAAGAAUAAAGAUAGACAUUUAUUAGUAAGGCAGAGAUGAAAUAAAAAUUAAGAGACUUAUUGAUUGAAGAUCUAAAUAGUUGA